AAGUGAAACACUAUCUUUAAUAAAAUCAUAACCUACAAUAUCAAAGAAACGUUUCAAAUUCCGUUCAGUGAAUUUAUGUAAACCUAAUUUGAAAUAAUGAAAACGAGAAUAUCUCAGUUCACGCGUGAUACAUAUAAUAAAAAGAAACGUGGUUUGGACGUUCAUGCCUGCGAAUUAUCGAAAGGAUCCGAUAGUUAUUUACCAAAACUUUUGCCAAACGCAAGACUCACUGCCAGACUGAAAAGACGAUUUCAGAAGAUUAUCAUAUUGUCCGUGAAGCAUCCUUUUACAAGGUGGCAUUUUCGUAGCCGCGCAGCAGUGGCUUUUGAAAAGAAACGCCACGGACGCUCAUCGCAUUGGUGGGUUAUUCAUCCAUAUAGUCUAUUCAGAUUUGGCUGGGAUGUCAUAAUGAGUUUCACUUACAUUUAUUCCUUUCUUGCAUUCCCAUACAUGAUAUCAUACUAUGUCCUAUCAGGAACAUCUAACCUAAAUAUAUUUAAUGUUUUAAUUCCAUCUUAUGUCAUAUGCUUAGCAGAUGUACUUGUGAAUUUCAAUACAGCUUAUACAUCUACUGCUAGUCACGAGAUUUUUCUCGAUCCUAUCCUUAUAGCGAGGCAUUAUGCUCAAGAAUAUUUUUUAGUGGAUUUGAUAUCAUCCCUUCCGUAUAGCUGGUUGUUCGGAAAAUAUAUUUUACCACCAGGAGAAAAUACUAAUUUUCCAGCAAUUCUCGUGGAACUGCUUCCGCUCGUGAAGCUCUUUCGAUUACCGACACUUCGAAAAUACGUGAAACAAUGUAGCGCUGCGUGUGGCAUUUACAAUGUCUACGAAAUAUUUUUGUGGUUGGCUUUGCUGUCAGUCUUAAUAUGCCAUUGGAGUGCAUGCCUAAUUUACGGCUAUCCAUUUUUUGCGAUGCAUGUCGGUAAAACAGGAUUGCAGAAAUCGAAUGCGUGGUUUGUCAAGUCUGAUACACUCAGAAAGUCAGCCGGCGAUAUAUAUUUAUCAAGUUUGCACAUUGGAGUUAGUGAGUUAUGGAGUGCAAGUUUCGUUGAAAUCCAGCCUCAUGAAUCAGCUGACGAUACUAUUCGUUGUCUAUUAAUGGUUUUUGGAAAGGGUUAUACCAUUUACAUCAUAGGCAUGUUUCUGAAAAUUUUUCAAAAUUUCAUAACAAUAAUAAUUGAAUCCAUAAAUUUUGAAUAUCUCUUUUCAUUAGUUGUUAUACUGGAGUUAAUAAUGUGCCACGUUGCGCCAGAACUUCAGUAUCAUCAAAUAAUGUCCGAGGUGAAUCAGUAUGCGCAGGAUAAAUCGCUACCGAAAAAUCUUAAAGAUAAAUUAAUUAUUUAUUACGAGUAUCGAUACCAAGGCAGUUAUUUUAAGGAGCACACAAUAACGGCAACAUUACCAAGCCACUUGAAGCACGAAAUCAUAGUACAUACUAGUCAUGGAAUUUUGGACAAUGCAACCAUUUUUUAUGGUUUACCACGAACUUUAACAACAAGUAUAAUGGCAACACUUAAGCCGGAUAUUUAUUUGAAAGAUGACAUAAUUUUCAAAUGUGAUGCUGAAGGCGAUUAUAUGUAUUUUAUUGCAAGUGGUACAGUAGUUCUGAUCACACGUUCUGGAAAAGAGGUAUGUCAUCUUGAGGAUGGAGCAUAUUUUGGUGAAACAGUAUUGGUUUAUCCGGAAAGACGAAGAGAAGUAACAGUGAUUGCCCUCGAAAUUUGCGAGUUAUUGCGAUUCGACAGAAAAGAUUUUAAUAAAAUAGUGCCUUCCAAUUCAGAUUUCUUUGCACGAUUAGAAAAAAUUGCGAAAGCACGAUUAGAUUUGCUUAAUGAAAAGUGACUACACUGACAGACACGACAUUGAAAAAAAAUUUAUCAUCUGGAUCUAAUUUAGUUUAAUUAUGUUUACUGUUUAAUUAAUAAAAUACUUUCUAGUUCGAAUUGUUUAUUUUAUCGUAAUUGAAAUAUAUAAAAUUUUAAUUUAAGAUAAAUAAGAUGAGAAAAUUAGUAUUAUACUAUCAUCAUACGUAUACGUAUUAUCCUCUUAGGACAUCAAUAUUCCACUUGUUUGAACUUCGUUCCAGAAUACUAGUAACUGAUAAUACCCGUUUCAUAAUCAUAUAAUAAUAAGAGUAUAUUAACAAAAUAUAAUUCGAUAGCCACGAAGUUGCGGAUUGUCAGUACUAAUCGCAUUGUAUUAUGGAUUACGUUAGGAAAUUCUAUUGUAUCUUAUUAACAAUAUGACGUAUUAACAAUCACUUGUUAUCAUUGAUAUUAUAUUGAUGUUGGAAAUAUCAAUAGGUAUUAUAAUAUCAUUGAGUGUGCUGUUGUGCUAUGACUAUAAGUUACACAGCAUACCUUUUGCCCUGCAGUUCAACAAGGCUUCAUUGACCUUUGACCGCGCGUUUAAUUGAAUGAAAGUGAAUUGGAAAACAUUUGAAAUAGUUUUUACAAUGAUCAAGUAAAAAUAAUCUUCGAAGAAAAUAUGUUUCUCCGAUUAUCUUUAGUUCUGAUAAUUAUAAACCUUGCCAAGUGUGAAAUACAAUUAGUGAACAGAAAUACAAGUCAUCAGAUUUUCAUUAAAAAAUUUGUUCUUCAACAAUUUCAAAAAUUUUCCACCAUCGGUGUCCUGUACAACGUAUCAAAUCCUUGGAGUCUUAGAAUCCUGCAGGAUGUCAAUGAGAACUUUAUGUCUACCGUACUGCUAGACUAUUCCAUGAUAA